AUGGCGACACCAUUAACAGACUCACUCAAAAAUGAGAAUCAGAUCGAUUAUACCGAUCCCAAAUAUAUAAACUCCUUCGAAAAACUCAAACAAAUGUUAAUCAACUAUCCAAUCCUGAAGUAUCCAAACUUCAAGGAAAAAUUCACUCUAACCACAGACGCUAGCAAUAAAGCCAUAGGAGCCAUUCUAUCUCAGAAAGGACAUCCAAUCUCUUAUGCUUCGAGAACCUUCAAUGUACAUGAACGGAAUUACUCCACCAUAGAGAAAGAGCUUUUAGCAAUCGUUUGGGCUACAAAAUAUUUCAGACCCUACCUUUACGGUAUAAAAUUCGAAAUCAAAACUGAUCAUAGACCAUUAGUAUGGUUACAAAGUCUCAAAGACCCCGAUUCAAAAACCCUUCGUUGGCGCAUAAAACUCAACGAAUAUAAUUUCAACAUAAGUUACGUAAAAGGUAAAGAAAAUCAAGUUGCUGAUUUCUUAAGCCGCAUUAAUACGGACCAAAACGAAAUUAACUACCAAAAUAAAAUACCAUCAGAUAUAGCAACAAUUCACUCAGGAAAAGAGGAAUUGAACGACCACAUACACAUUCGAGAAGGAAUAGUAAACACUUGCAAAUAUCAAAUAAUAUUAGUAAAAGAAAACCAAAAAGAACUCAAAACAGUUCAUAAAAAUAGACAUAUCUACAUCGACGAAAUAGAUCUUAACAGUGAAAAUUUGACAACUGAAAUCUUAAAACGCAAUCUACCAGAAAAAGGAAAAAUCGGAAUAUAUAGUGAACUUCCAUAUUCAAUAUACAACAAAUUACAAAUACUAAUCGUGAAACUAUUUAGUAACAAUUUAAAAUUGCAUUUUAUAAAGUACAGCAAACGAGCAAUCCAUCUAUUAGAUCAAGAACAAACACUCAAAGUUAUAUUCGACAACGCUUUCGACGUAAUAUCAAUAACACAAUUUCUAAAGUCAAGAGACAUAGAAUACCACACAACAGCCCCAGGAUCCCAUACAGGAACGGCAGACAUUAACAGAUGUCACAAUACACUCACCGAACGAAUCAGAACUAUCCAAGAAAUAGACAAACAAAAGGAUUUAGACUUCGUCAUAUUAGAAGCCGUAGAAUCAUACAACAACACAGUACAUUCCACAACAAGCUAUACCCCAUUCGAAAUUCAAUUCGGAAAAAUCAACAAAAACAAAUUAACAGAAAGAAUGCAAAACAGAAAAAACAUAUGGAUUUCAAAAAUUAACCAAAAACGCGAACAAAAACCCGAUAUAGAAAACAAACAAGUCUACGUAAAGAAAACUUUUAGAAGAAAAAACGAACCUCUAUUCCAAAGAAGAGAAAUAGAGAAAGACAGCAAUCAAAAUAUAAUACAGAAAAAGAAUAAUAAAAAAAUUAACCUUGAUAGAAUCAAACGUCAACCCAAAUACUAUAAAAAUAAAGAAACUAAUGCAAAAGAACUAAUAAAGAAAGACCCUAUCAAAUACACAAUAGAGAAAUACGGUAUUUCCAUUUACGAAAAUGAUCUAAAAACCCUCGAUAAUCAAAACUGGCUCAAUGAUAAUAUAAUAAACUUUUAUCUAAACCUCAUAACAGAAAAUAACAAUAAAAUGAUAACAAUCAUCUUUAUCAUGUUACUAUCCAUGGUAACGAGUGAACCCCAGUACAUUAAAAACGAGAAAAUUAAAUCAAACUCAGGAAUAAUCUUAAUCCCCAAGAACGAACCGGCAACUUUAAUAAAAGAUUGGUACAGAAUCUACCACACCAUUAACCUAAAAUCCUAUGUAAAAGCCAUUAAUAAUAUCCAAAACACAAAAAUCAAUAACAGUUUCAUUAAACACACAAUUAACUUAAUAAAAUCAGAAUUAACACUAAUCAAUCCAAAAAUUAAUGUAAAAACAUCUCAAAUAAUCACAAAUAACAAAACCCUUGAACAACAAAAGAAAGAAGAAUUCGAACAUUGGAAUGAAUGCACCUUCCUGAAAUAUAACGAAACAUUAGAUAAAAUGAGCAAAUGCCUAGAAGUCAAAAACUCUUUCCCAGAUUACAAACACUUACACUCAGUCAACAUGACUACCCUGGAACUUUACGUUCAAUAUUGUAAUGAUAAUCCCAAAAACGAAGAAUGUAUACCCCUAUUUAAUAACGCCUCAGAGCAUAGUAACUUUUUCAAUUGCAUGAAAAAAGACACAGUCAACAAUUGUCACACCCACCAUGUCAUACACAAAAGAGGACUUUUCAAUUUCAUUGGAACAGGAUAUAAUUGGUUAUUCGGACUACAAGUUAGCACAGAAUUUGUAAAAAAGCUAAACGAAUUUCAAAAGUUAAUAAACGAAGAAUUAAUUGAAAUUAAAAUCACUCAAGCCUUAAGUCAUAUUCAAGACGAAUUGGAAAAAAUUAUUGACAAUAUUAACUCUGCAAAAAUAGGAAUAAUGACAAGAUCACUAUUAACAAAAGACAAAAUAAAUACCCAAAACAUCAGUCUUAACCAAUUAAAAUUAACAACAUUAGUUGUACUACAAAAAGAGAAUAAACUAACAUUUGUAAUAUCAAUACCAAACAUUAUUGAGUACCCACAAUUCUUUGUAAGAAAAAUUGUAAAUCAAAAUUUUGAAUAUCUAAACAUAACCAAUUCCAUUGCUAUAAAAACAUCAGAUAAUAAAUAUUGUAAAUUAGAAAAAUACAUUAAGAAUUUAUGUAAACCAAUAAACUGUAAGUCUUGUAAAGUAAGAGAUGAAAACUUCUCAUACAUAGAAGAAAUCGAAAACGAAAAAAUACUCGUUGUAAACGCAGAAAAAUUAAAUUGUGUACAAAAAUGUAAACAAACAAAUGUAAUAACACUCCAAGGAAAUUAUGUAAUAACCUUUGUAAACUGUGAAGUUACUAUUAACAAUAAUGCUUACGUAAAUAAAGUAAUAAACCAUAUUGACAACCUCGUAACAAGUCCAAUUAUAAACAUAUCAGACAUACAAUUUGAAUUCAAUUUCACAGAAAUUAAAAUGAAAACCUUUCAAAACAAUGAAGAAAUUAGAGAAUUGCAUUACAUAAACAAGAAGACCUGGAUAUCAACUUCUACUAUUCUCCUAAUAAUCUCAAUAAUUCUAGCACUAAUUCUUUUCACUUAUUGUAAACUGAAAAAUAAAACAAUAAAAAUUAAAAAUGUUAUCCCAACGGUAAAUAAAAUUAGAGAAAACCAGGCAAAAUUCAAUAAGGAGGACGAAUCUGUUUCCUUUGAGGACAAAGUAAAGUCAAAGGAGGGGGAGGUUACAUGUCCUGUAACAUGCGUCACUCCAUCUUACACAAACACCACAUGCCCAUAA